GAGGAGGAGGUGUUCCUGGUAGCCAUCUUGGAUGUGCGGAGUGAUUGUUUAGCGAGAAGAAUUGACAAUUUUUUUUAGAUUAUUGAAAUUUGUAGUGAUUUUCUGAAGAUUGACUGGAGCGUGGCGACUGACGAAAGCAAUAGUGACUCGGAAGAAUCCAGUGAAAGAAGGCAUGAAGACAUCAUCUUAGUCAUCAGUCAUGGCCGAUAAAAGGAAACUUCAAGGUGAAAUAGAUCGAUGUCUGAAAAAAGUAGCGGAGGGAGUGGAACAGUUUGAAGACAUCUGGCAAAAGCUUCACAAUGCAGCCAACGCGAACCAGAAGGAGAAAUAUGAAGCAGACCUCAAGAAAGAGAUUAAAAAGCUACAGCGUCUUCGAGACCAGAUCAAGACGUGGGUGGCAUCCAACGAGAUCAAAGACAAAAGGCAGCUAAUAGAAAACCGCAAACUCAUAGAAACGCAAAUGGAGCGGUUCAAGAUUGUGGAACGAGAAACAAAGACGAAGGCAUACUCUAAAGAAGGGCUGGGUCUGGCCCAGAAGGUCGACCCCGCACAAAGGGAGAAGGAGGAGGUCGGCACGUGGCUAACGAACACGAUAGACACAUUAAACAUGCAGGUGGACCAGUUUGAGAGCGAAGUGGAGUCCCUGUCGGUCCAGACGAGGAAAAAGAAAGGAGACAAGGAGAAGCAGGAUCGAAUCGAGGAGCUGAAGAAGUUCAUUGAGAAGCAUCGGCACCACAUCCUGAUGCUGGAGACGAUACUGAGGAUGCUGGACAAUGACUCGGUGCAGGUGGAAGCCAUCAAGAAGAUCAAGGACGAUGUGGAGUACUACCUGGAUUCGUCACAGGAUCCGGACUUUGAGGAGAAUGAGUUCCUUUAUGACGACCUGGAUCUGGAGGACAUUCCUCAGUCGCUGGUCGCCACCUCCCCGCCGGGACACUCGCACUUGGAGGACGAGAUCUUCCAGCACUCCAGCAGCACACCCACCUCCACCACCUCAUCCUCACCCAUCCCCCCGUCGCCGGCCACUUGCACUACAGAGAACUCAGAAGAUGACAAGAAGCGGGGACGUUCGACAGACAGUGAAGUUUGUCAGUCACCUGUGAAGAAUGGAAACCCCCCCUUGUUAUCCUCUUCCUCCUCCUCCUCUUCUUCCUCCGUCUCGGGACUGACCUCAUCUUCACUGGUCUCUAUGGCGACCAUUGCUGGGGGAGGAAGCAGCAGCAGCAGCAGCUCUGGGGGCAACAGUCACCACAUCAACUCGGGAAGUUUCCUCUCCAACACUUCCGCUGGCAGCUACAGUAACGCCACCCAGCAGCAGCCGCACCUGUCAGCACAGCAGCAGCAGGCCAAAAACUCAGUGAUCUCCUCCUCCGCCCCCGUCUCCAACCCCGUCACCUCCACCAACAGCCACCCGGCCUCCUCUGCCUCCUCCCCACCCAACGCCAGCACGCAGGGGCUCACGUCAAACUCUCAGCUCCAGGCCCUGUCGGGGCUCACGCCGACCUCCAACAGCCUGGGCCUGGGCCUGGGCCUCCCCCUGGGGAAGGGAGGCAUGUCCGGCUCCAUCACCACCAGCUCCAUGUCCACGGGCCUCGGCCUCUCGGGGAUGCCGGCAUCCUUGAGCAGCAUGUCGGGCCUCUUGUCCAGCUCCACCCCGGCGCCUUACGCUCAGGCGGCCGCCUCAGGCACGGUGGGCUCCGGCUUGCCCGGCUCGCUGGGAGGCGUCAGCACGUCGACGGGCAUCGGCACGCUCGGCUCCAUCGGCGCGCUCGGUUCAAUCGGCAGCGGGAACAUGACGGUCGGCGGGCCGACGUCCUCGACGGGGGGUCUGCUGGGCGCGGCGCCGGGGAUGGGCAGCAUCGGCUCGGGGAUUCUGGGUCUGGGCUCCGGUCAGUCCGGGGCGCAGGGCCCCUCCCUCGUUUCUCCGACCCAGGUGGGCGGGCUAGCUCCCGGUAGCGGCGUUGGAGUCAUCGGGAGCAAUGGAGGCAGCUCAGGAUCACCGGGAAGCGGAGUGGUGGGAGGAAACUCUUCGCUCUCUGUACGACCGCCAAGCCAGCAGAAGCAGAACGGUAGCACAAGUUACAGUGCUGUGGUAGCAGACAGCACAACAGACUCCGCCCUUAACAGUGCCAGCCAAUCACAAAGCAGCCAAUCUUCAAGUUUGACCUCCACAGCCAAUCAGCCUAAGGACACUGGUCCCAGUUUACUGGGCUCUGUGAGUUUGUCGUCCAGUUCCCCGUCACCGGCCUCCUACAGCGAGGCCAAAACGGUGAGCGGCAGCAGCCUGCUGAACGGCCCGCUGUCCUUCUCACAGCCCUCCGACAGCAUCAAGCCCCAGGAGCCUCUGAGCAGCCUCAAGUCCAUGGCCGAGCGAGCAGCACUCAGCUCAGGGAUCGAGGGAGACAUGUCCUCCCUGCACCUCACCACAGACAUCUUCCCCAGCAGCACUACGGCCCCCUCGGGCCCCCCCUCAGCACCUCAGCCCUCGCUGUCCGAGGUCAGCAUCCCCCCGUCGUUAGGGGUCUGUCCGCUGGGGCCGGUUCCCCUGUCCAAAGACCAGCUCUACCAACAGGCCAUGGAGGAGGCGGCGUGGACACACAUGCCACACCCGUCCGACUCCGAGAGAAUCAGCGAUCCAGAAGUGAAGUCUGAUGGCCCGCAAAAAGUACAGAGGCAGUACCUGAUGAGGAACCCGUGCCCCACCCUGCCUUUCCACCACCAGGUGCCACCGCCCCACUCGGACACUGUAGAGUUUUACCAGAGGCUUUCCACAGAAACCCUCUUCUUCAUCUUUUACUACCUGGAGGGCACUAAGGCCCAGUAUCUGGCAGCCAAAGCCCUGAAGAAGCAGUCGUGGAGGUUCCACACUAAGUACAUGAUGUGGUUUCAGAGGCACGAAGAGCCCAAGACCAUCACUGAUGAGUUUGAGCAGGGAACAUACAUUUACUUUGACUAUGAGAAGUGGGGCCAGCGGAAGAAGGAGGGUUUCACGUUCGAGUACCGGUACCUAGAAGACCGAGACCUGCAGUGACCCUCGCGGACGGACGGAGACGGCCGAUCCCCCUGCUGACAUUCCUGGAUCUGACCUCAGCCCAGCUGGACGGGGGGAGAGGAGGCGUGCGGGGGUCAGACGGGGUCACAGAGACACAUUUGAAACCGCCCUCCUCCCUCUGACCCACCAACCCCGCCUUACCGCCCUCACACCCCCUCCACCCCCCCAUCACAUCUGAUUUCCACCUUUUCCUGACACACAACACACACACACACACACACACACACUUCACAGCGAUGAUUUGCUUUCUUCCCUCUUUGUUUACAUUCACGUUGGCUUUAAAAACUGUUGCGUAUAUUAACACCAAAAGGACCAAAGAUAAUUGGUGACUGUCGGCUCCGCCCCGGGUGUCGACGCCGUUCACACCUCAGCUACGCAGCGAUGCGGCCGAGCGGGGAACCGCCUCAAAUGUGAAUUCAGCGCGUCCUGAGGCUGAAACCUGCCAUUUAAACCUCCCACUCUGUCCCGAAGGCAGCGAGCGUUCAUUGAGCUGGGAAUUCAGGAGAGAUGUUGGUUUAGGAAGUCUAGUUUUGCAGCCAGGAGGGGAAAUCUGCAGCCGAGCGAUGAGCAUCAUGUCGCCACACGUUUAAGUGAUGUUCAUCCUUGUAAAUCAAGCUAAUAAAGUCUGCAUUUUCAAUUUACCUACAAUGAGGUUUGUUAAUUACAGAGCAGAUCACUUUAAAAAUACUAUUUUUCAUGUCCUUCAAGUUCCAAGUUCUCCAAAACAUCCCACAGUCCCAGUGGGAAGUCUCCAGUUUGUCAGUGGUCAGAUGCUUUUUGGGUUUUUUUUUUUCCCCCACUUCUUUUUUGCUCUUUUUCCACCUACAGUAAAGUUAUUCCAGUUUGCAUCAUUAUUAAAAUACGUUUUCAUGGAAGUGAGUUCAGAUUUGUUUCCCAAAGAAUUUGACUUUACCAGCACUGCGUUCCCAGGUUGACAGUAGUCGCCGGUGAAGUUCCCACUGGGACUGAGACAUUUUUCUCCUUCCCAGCUUCUCAUGAACACAUGAAUUAGAGAAAGUGAUCCAGGAACGUCUGGCGCUCGUCUGUCCCCUUCAGACGGGAUAAAAAGUGCUCUUCAUGCUUUUCAAUGCAUUUUUUUCCCCCCACAUUGCAAACGUUUUCCCGUUUCUUUCAGCUUGAGUUAAUGUCUGGCUUCUGGUUAAUUUCUUGUUCACUUGGUGACUCGUUCGUCACCAACUUUUAAUGAGGAACAGAUUCUCGUUGUGACUCACACCUCAGGUUAGUGUGAGAGCUAUUGUCACAAGCCGGCUCCAUCAGGGAUGAAAAAUUAAUUAAAAACCAGAAUUUUAUUCAAGUUGAAACUAACGGCAUGUUGCAAUAACUCCCAAAAGUGACGCUGGGUGAAUACGAGUGUGUGGGUUUGCUUUUAUGCGGCCUGUGAGGUGUGAGUUGAGCGUUGAACCUGGAUUAGCCAGUUUCUCUGGCGCUGCCUUCAGGAACAGUGGGAGGAUCUAAUUGCCGAGUUCGGCAUCGCCGCUGCUGUCGGUGGGAGGGGCCGGUUGAGCCUCAGGUGAGCCGCCGUCACCUCGCCGUGUCCUGAUGGGGGCGCUGCAGCAGCAGCAGCAGCCUCGCUCGGGGUGGAGUUCACAUUGGGCCUCCUCCGCGUUUCAGAGGGCCUCUUGUUGUUUUUGUCAUAUUUUUUCAAAGGCGUACAAAGCAGCUGGUGUGUUUUAGUGAGUCUGCCACCCACUGCGCUCCAGAAAUACCUGUGUGUGACCAGUGGGCAGGUGUUGGGAGUAACAGCUUUUUGCCUGGUGCGCGGAGUCACGUCUAAAUUUUAACAAAAUGGGAUCAGACCGGUUUUGAGUUUUAGUUUAAAUUGUGCGUUUGGCCGCCAGCUUUCAAUUUUGUCAUCCAAAAAAAACCAAAAAGCCAUUUUUACCUUGGUUUUUCCUCUGAUCACAUCCAGUCACGCAACGCAUUUUUUCAUUUUACCUUCUAACCGACGCGAUGGAUGUGAGAGGAGCGAUGAGGAAGUGAAUCCAGCUGCUCACAUCUGUGUGGACGCAGGGUUUCUGUCCAUCUGCUGUACCCACUUUGUCCUGAUGACAGUCGCUGUUUGUGACAUGCUGAUGAAACCGUUCCAUAGUUAUUCGACUUGUAUCCAGACUAUCUGAAGCCUGCCCCAUCUGAAACUCACUGAUUAGCUUUCUCUACUUUUAUUUAACUCUUUUGGCCCCAAGGAAACGUUUGCAUGCGUCUGUAAAUGUAGUUGAGGUGUAGUUUUUUUUGGAGGGGUUACUUAUUAAAACUGCUGGUUUCUUCAGCUGUCCAGAAGUUAUUUUUGCACAUUACUUUGUACAAAAACAAAUUCCCCCCCCCCCCAGUUUUACAACCUCUGUAAAGCUGCUGAAACGUCACAGUUUUGAAAACACUGGUAGAACUCAUAAAAGAUUAGGUUGUUGGCUCCCCGGGAUUCACCGUGAGACUAUUUCAUGCUCAGGGUUCACUGUGUGAAGUUGCAUGUUCUCUCUGUGCGUCUAAUCCGUUAUGAUGCCUGAAGGGUGAAUCGGUGGCUCUGACAUGUUGAUGAUCUUGUAUGUUUCUCAUAAUGGGACCUGAAAACUGGAAGAUUCCACACUGGAUUACAUGGUUUUUAAAGGUGAAGAAUCGGUUUUAAGGCCGUAUCGGAUUAGAGUUGGAUUUAAGGUCAAGGUUUGGGGUUUGGAAAUGCUUCAUAUCGAGUCUGCGUGUACUGAUUUGUCCUGGAUGAAUUCAGCCCGUCACUUAGUCUGUUGUCGUUACAAAGCUGAUGUAGAAGAGGAGAUGUGAGUUUAUGCUCCUAAGCACUCGGGAGGUUAAAGGUUCGCUGCGUUUCACACGGUGUCUCAGCUGGAAUGAAGCAGGUUUAGAAACUGGAUUUAAAAAGCAGAGCUGCUCUCUGAACGUCCGUGUUUCAGGCCGGAGAUCGGCUGAACGGCUUCUCUCACUGGUGUGGUGGGUGUCGGAUGUUCCCAGCAGCUGGAUGGACAGUUUGUUAGUCUCCCUCCUUCCUCCUCCUCCUCCUCCUCCUCCUCCUCUGUGCUGAAGAGCGCAAACCGAGCAACACCAGCACUGCUGCCCACAUCUCCUCUGUCCUCCAGCUCUCUGCUCCAUGUUUACACACCCAAAAGUUCGACUGGGCCCACGAUAAACACACGCACACACACACACACACACACACACACACACACACACACACACACACACACACACACACACACUGCCUGCAUCAUGCUUGUAGCUCUUCUUCACACCUUCCCCUUUUUUCAGUCGCUCUCCUCUCCCUCUUCAUGCCAGGUAGAUAUUUCCUUUGUUUCUCAGGAAGUAUUUGAUAAACCAUUUUAUGAGGAAAUGUAUCCGCCAGCAGCUCUCGUCGCCGCAGCACAACAGCAAACUCGUACCACACUUUGAAUUUUUAGCUUGCUUUCUCCUCUACAGCGACCCUGUUCAUUUCACACACACAAGAAAAACUUUUUUUUUUUGUUUUCCAAGCAAAUAUCCUCCAAUGUUUGGAGCAGCACCUGGAACAGAGACCAUCUUUAUAUUUUCUAUUUGUUGGAGUAUUUAUGGCAGAUUAGAGGAAAGCAUUUUGCAACGCAGCUGAGAACAAGGUGUUGUUUUAAAGAUUUUUGAGGCGUUUUUUUUUUUUCCCUUAUCUCACACACACGAACACAGACACACACACACCUCCACUCUUUAUUCACUUGACUGACAGUCCUGCUUUUAAUCAUUUGUGUUUACUUUAUUUUUGACAAGCGGAAGGGACGAGAGAUCAAUCCAAGAGCCCAAAUGUGAAUCUCUCUCUCUGCUCCUUUGACAAGUGUUGUAUAGACUCAUUCUUCAAACCUCUCCUUUACUUUUUUAAAAAAAAAAAAAUCUUUUCAUUUGUUUGUUGUCGUCAGACAGCAUGAAAUAAUGACACUUGCAAAGUGGCGGUGAAAAACGUAAAUAAUGACAUAACCAUGAAUAAAGGAUUGUAAGAUAUUAAUAAAAGAAUUACUUUUCAGAAA